AUGACGGAGUUUUGGUUAUGUCUUGUCCUUCUUAGUUUCUUUCGUAAUGCAUGUGUGUAUAGUUUAAGCUUUGACCUGAACGCAGGAUCAAAAGUUUGUUUAAGUUUGGAUUUACUCGAAGGUGAUCGUGCUCAAGGCACUUAUACAGUUAAAACGGUUUAUGGGCAAAACGUAAAUUUUCAGAUUAUUAACAAAUGGGACAAAAUUGUGCACAAUCAUGAAAACUUUGAAUCUGGUAAGCUUGAUUUCCUGGCUAAUGAAAAGGGCCAGUACGCUUUAUGCUUUACAAGUAUAUUAGGAAAGGGUUCUCCUCUCAAAGAUCAGAGAGUUUCACUGGAGGUAAAAGUCAAACGUAAGCUCUUAAGCCAAUUAGAUAAGCAAAUGAAAAACCAAAAAUCACUUGAAUUACUUUUAGGAGAAUACGAAGAACUCGGAGCUGAAAUUGCGUACGACAUAACGGAGAUGAGAAGACGAGAAGAAAGUAUAAAAAAAGUUUCUGAGUCGAUUAACUCAAAAUUGUUGAAUUUGAAUCUCAUCUCGAUGGUUUGUUUAAUCGCUUCAGCCGCUGGUCAGGUAUUCUACUUGAGAAAGUUCUUCAAGUCUAAAAAACUUGUGGAUUAGAAGAAAAGAUAAUUUUAUAAAAUAAAUUUCAG